UAAUAUACAAGUGUUUAUACAUUGAGUGAGAGUUGGCAUUGAAUUUGUCAUAAAUAAGUGUCAGAUCCCAGAGACUGAGCCAUUCGUACGCCUAUUCACACCACUAUUACCACUAAUAUUGUCAUCAAUUGUCUCAUUAUAUCCAUUGAACCGAAACAAUGUCUUUCGUAUUGGUAUCGUCCGAAGACAUCUUCUACGGGCCGACCUGUAUCUCCACUGAGGACUCGGCUCUACACCAACAGAUCUCCGACAUCUCGGACUCAACUAAAUAUCUGACCAUUUCUUCGCGCAGGAAGAAGACGGAAGGAUCGAGUGGCCAUAAGAGCGACAAAAGCGAGAAAAUAAAGGCUAAGUUUGAGGCAAAGCUGAAGGAACUGAAGGAUAAACCAGAAAAGGCUGAGAAACUGAAGGAGAAGAUGGAGAAAAUGACGGUUCGAGAGAAGGAGAGGAUCGCUGUGAUGGACGACAAGAAAGUGAAGUUCGACCCAAACUCGAAGGCACUGGUCAUCAAAGUAGAGGACGCGCCCGUCCGGGUGCUCAACAAACUGGCCGCACUGGGCUAU